ACACAGGUGCACCAUACGUGCUGUACAACAAAGACAGUGUGGAAAAAGGCAUGCCAACAAGCACUCAGUCAAAUGGACAAUGGGGACCUGGGUUGCCUCAAGAAAACGGAUAUGUAGCUAUCACGACACAACAACAACAACAACAACAACAUCAACAGCAGCAGCACCAACAACAGUCGCAUCAGAAUGCAUCCAGCAGUCUAACUGGUUCAUCAGACCAAUCAAACGGUAACAGGAGUUUAGAUUCUGCACGCAAGGUCGAAUCUUCGGCUAAUAUUGUACCGUCAUCAAAUGCAGAACAACAGCAGCAGUCCACUAUGACUUCACCAGAACCGUCACCAUAUCCUCAGCAAACUAGCUUGGGCUCAAAUGAAGAAGAUGCAAGUACUCAAACACAUGAUAAUUUGCCAGAUGAUUCGGAAACACAACAUCAACAGCAACAAUACGACAUGUAUUCUGCUCGUGGCUCAACAAUUCUCAGUCCUGGGAGCUUCAUAUCAUACCUAAAGCAACCAGGCAUCAUGCUCACCCCUAUUAAUCCCUCGGAAGCAGGUGGAGACUUUUCCAACUUGCCAGAUCUUCUCAAUCAUUCUAGCAGCUUAGGAUCUAAGCAGCCGAAUAAAAUUUCCAAUGAUGUACGACUCUUUAAAUGUGCAACUUGCGGGAAAGACUUCAAGCAAAAAUCAACAUUGUUUCAACAUGAACGGAUUCAUACAGAUGCAAGGCCGUAUGGUUGCAACGAGUGUGGGAAACGGUUCCGUCAGCAGUCACACCUUACACAACAUUUGCGCAUUCAUGCAAACGAGAAGCCAUUUGCUUGUGUUUACUGUGAGCGGACUUUCCGCCAACGAGCAAUUCUCAAUCAACACCUACGUAUUCAUUCUGGUGAGAAGCCUUUUGGAUGCAUCGAAUGUGGCAAAAGAUUCCGUCAGAAAGCUAUUCUGAAUCAACACAUCAGAACACACCAAGGCUUCGUUGGUGCAGCAGUGUCGAAGAAACGAUUCAAAGAUGAUGUCAGUCCGCACUUGAUUCACAAAAAUGGGCAGUUGUGGCCACAAGAUAUUCCUUUCCCUCAUGAAAAAGAGAACGAUGGUGCACUCGAGAACGGGAAUCAGUGUUUUUCCCCGGAAAGUAACGUUCAAUUUCCCGCUUACUACAAAGAUGCCAAAGGCAUGAUUCAUGGUAUUUUUGGCCAUGCUGGUAAAACCUUCUCGGAAAUUAUUCAGCAUGGCCGGAAUAUUGGGAUGCUUUUGUAUGUUCGUUGUCCAAUCUGCCAAAAAGAGUUCAAGCAAAAAUCCACUCUACUUCAGCAUGGUUGCAUUCAUAUUGAAUCAAGGCCUUACCCUUGCGCAGAGUGUGGGAAGCGCUUCCGACAGCAAUCACAUCUAACGCAGCAUCUGCGAAUUCAUACCAAUGAGAAACCAUUCACAUGUAUUUAUUGUGGACGUGCAUUUCGACAAAGGACCAUCCUUAAUCAACACUUGCGCAUCCAUACUGGUGAAAAACCAUACAAAUGCAUUGAGUGUGGCAAAGAUUUUCGUCAAAAAGCCAUUCUGGAUCAGCACAUCCGUACACACAGUGGCGAGCGGCCAUUUUGCUGUGCCAUGCCCAAUUGUCGUCGACGUUUCUCAACAGAAACAGAGGUAAAGCGUCACAUUGAUAACCACAUGAAUCUCAACUCAAAUAGGAAAAAAAUUGAUAAAUAUUGUUCUAAUAAAUCGUUGAGCAUGAGUGAAAUGAAUUCCGUCCCUCCAGUUAUCAAGCCUGAAUUCUAUUUCCCACAUUAUUCCGCUCCUCCUGUCUUCAAUCCAGAGCAAGCUCAGUACUCUACUCCACCUUCACAACAGACCCCAGUUCCUGCCUCGGACCCAAGUCCCAGUCCAGGGCUCAGUCCAGCUUCAAGACCAGGAUCAGACCCUGGUAUUUCUGCGCCAGGGCCCAGAGGCUCAGGUCCUGGACCUGGUAGUCCUAUAACAGAAUCUGCACCCGUUCAAACAAUUCCCAAUUCUUAAAUGUGCUUGAUGAUAACUUUGAUUGCAUUUAAACCGCCCCCUCCGCCUUCUCCAGUAGUCGUCGUUUAAACUCAGUUCAUUGUCAGCAGGAGCAAAGCCUGUAAAUUUUCUCAUUCUGUCAUCACAAUGCCCUUAUGAAAAAACCGUCAGAUCAGUUUAGUGUUAGUAGUCAGGAGGCAUGUGUUCGAAAAUUACGUCCCGCAUACACGUUCAUGAUGCAAGUUGCCACUAUGGCUUAAUCUCUUCACUAUGGUCCCUAAAAUGAGAUAAUCUUUGGUAGACUCCCCAUGUGUAAACACACGGCAGUCAAUUUUCUGCUAGUCUCAGUCUUGCAAUCCUCUGGUGGGCAGCGCAGUUCUGCUUCUUUCUCUUCCAGUUGUUGCCUGUUCUUCUGUGGUUCUUUUUUGUUAAAAUUUACUGAUUUAGUGGAAAAAGCUGUCAGGAUUUUUGUUUUUGUCUCCGGAAAGUUUUGUCUUGCUCCUGAUUGUUAGAUUCAGAGAACGACCUCUACUGUCAAUUUUAGCCACAUAGUUUUUUUUCCCUUUCUUUUUUUUCCUGUUUUUUUUGAGAAAUAAGGCCGUUGCAAAAUUUUGACAAGAAACGGAUGGUUCCUUGCCAACAGACUCGGUAGAAAGAGCAAAAUCAGAAUGUGGUAUUGCAAAUUUUUUACCAUUAUUUUCAGGAAUCUUGAUAGUUUAAUGAAUUAAUAUUGAACAUCGCCAUCUUUAAUCCGUUUUGAUAAAAUAAACCAAAGCUAUAUAAUUUUUUAUUUUUUUCGACUGGUUAUAAUCAUUAUCACAGCAUUAAAACUGCAUACCUAACAAUAUGUACAUCAUCAACGGAUUACUAAAAGUUAGUGAUCUGUUGAUGAUGGUUAUUUAGUGAAAAACUCGUUGUACAUCUUGUUAUGGAGUUUUAAUGCUGUGAUGAUGACUAUAACCAGUGGAGAAAGCAUUAAGCAAUGAAAAAUUAAAAAAAUUACAUCCCUUCGGUUUAUGUUAUUCAGAAGUCUUGUUAGAUUUGCAGCUAGCUGGAACUGGCAAGUGUUGCAUAUCUAAGUCAACUCACACCAUUCUUUCCACCGUUUUUAAAGUCCUCAUAUGAUCUUUGAAUUGGUUGGCGCAGUGAUCCAAUACGAGAGUGGCAACAAUUGGCUGAAUCAUAUCAGAUUUAGGUGUACAUCCAAUGACGUCAUAAUCUCUCUCUGCAACGACAUGAACUAUUCUAUCAAAACUAAAAGCUUGAAAGACUUUUAAGGAGAGAAUAAAAUUUUUAGUGUAUAAACAAAUAAGAUUUUAUUUGUUGAAAUGGUUUCAAUGAGUAGCAUUUUAUUCGUUGGUGCAAGAGCACCAAAUAUCAUUUCAUUGAGGGGCUUGGAGGAGAGGGCGCCUAAAUGCAGUUUCUGAAAAAAUUGAGAUAAUAAUGAUUUCAAGUAAUACGAGUCUUAAUGCAAAUUCUGUUAAAAAUUCGCUUCCAAAUUCCAAUUACUAAGCAUCAAGAAGUAGGUUUGAACUUUCUUUCCGCCGUAAGGAUCCAUGUAAUUUCGAAACUUCAAACACGUAACAGCAAAACCUGCAAUUAUGGGCCUUGUCCUUCUAGCCCCACAAAUGAUGUUUUAUUCUUCGGUACCAUAUCAACGAAUUGCUUUUUAUUUGGUACGUUGAUACAGUUUUACAGUAGAGUAGGUCUCAGAAAUAGUCUUUUUGCAUUUUUAAUUCUGAAAGCUGGUUCCAAAACAAUGUUUCAGGUUGGAUCCAUACUUAUCAGUCAUUAUAUUUCCAAAAAAAAGUCUUGUAUUUCUUUGCGCACACAUUUUUUCACUUGUCAUCCAUUCAUUUUAUUAAAAUUAGUGCUUUUUUAUUUCUGUCGUGUUGUUACAUUAGAUGUAGGAACUUUUUUUUGUUAUGAAGUAGACUUGCUGUGAACUACCAUAACUUUUCCGUUUGGACGCUUUCCAGUGUUGUCGAGUUUAGACUUUGUCCGGAGGUGGCUACCGCCAUCCAUGAUUAGAUCCUGAAUGAACAUUUUCUCCAAUAAGACAUUCAUUUUCAGCAAGAUCAGAGAAUACUUCUCCUGUAGAUCUUAUUCGUUAGGUAGAUCCCCUCUCGUCAAUAAUGCUGCUCAGUGGGAGCAGAGAACAUGAUUCUAGUAUGCUACUGUUCAUGGUUAUUUUAAAUGAUAUGAUCUUAAGCAGUAUCCUCUCUUCUAAUAUUUUGUUUCAAUACUGCAUCAUGCGGAAAGAUUUUAGGAACUAUUACUUACCAAGUUGGAAGGAAAUUUCAAUUUGGUUUGUCACUAUGUUUCCCUGAACACAGAACAAAA